GAAGGAAUACGAUUGAGAACAAAAUCGACUUACCGAAAAGAGAUACCCAACUGGGAAAUGAUAUCAGAAAAGUUAGUUCUUCUCUAGAUGAGAACAAGCACGAAAAUGAUUGUCAUUCUAUAAGAGACAAUGAUAUCAAAUUAUCGACAAGCCCGCAAAUGAAGAGUAAUAAUCGAACGCACAAUGAAGCUUCAAGUACUGAAGAUACUACUACUGAUAAAGUAAUGACAGAAGAAGAUCCCGUUGAAAUAAUAAGAAAUACGAAUAACAACAAAAUCGAACUAACGAAUCCAAGUACCGAACUGGAAAAUAACAUCAGAGAAAUCACUUGUAUUGAAAUGGAAAGUGUCAACAUUACAUCCGAUUAUAUCAAUCGAGAUUCCGAAGAAAUAAGAAGGAAUACGAUUGAGAACAAAAUCGACUUACCGAAAAGAGAUACCCAACUGGGAAAUGAUAUCAGAAAAGUUAGUUCUUCUCUAGAUGAGAACAAGCACGAAAAUGAUUGUCAUUCUAUAAGAGACAGUGAUAUCAAAUUAUCGACAAGCCCGCAAAUGAAGAGUAAUAAUCGAACGCACAAUGAAGCUUCAAGUACUGAAGAUACUACUACUGAUAAAGUAAUGACAGAAGAAGAUCCCGUUGAAAUAAUAAGAAAUACGAAUAACAACAAAAUCGAACUAACGAAUCCAAGUACCGAACUGGAAAAUAACAUCAGAGAAAUCACUUGUAUUGAAAUGGAAAGUGUCAACAUUACAUCCGAUUAUAUCAAUCGAGAUUCCGAAGAAAUAAGAAGGAAUACGAUUGAGAACAAAAUCGACUUACCGAAAAGAGAUACCCAACUGGGAAAUGAUAUCAAAAAAGUUAGUUCUUCUCUAGAUGAGAACAAGCACGAAAAUGAUUGUCAUUCUAUAAGAGACAAUGAUAUCAAAUUAUCGACAAGCCCGCAAAUGAAGAGUAAUAAUCGAACGCACAAUGAAGCUUCAAGUACUGAAGAUACUACUACUGAUAAAGUAAUGACAGAAGAAGAUCCCGUUGAAAUAAUAAGAAAUACGAAUAACAACAAAAUCGAACUAACGAAUCCAAGUACCGAACUGGAAAAUAACAUCAGAGAAAUCACUUGUAUUGAAAUGGAAAGUGUCAACAUUACAUCCGAUUAUAUCAAUCGAGAUUCCGAAGAAAUAAGAAGGAAUACGAUUGAGAACAAAAUCGACUUACCGAAAAGAGAUACCCAACUGGGAAAUGAUAUCAAAAAAGUUAGUUCUUCUCUAGAUGAGAACAAGCACGAAAAUGAUUGUCAUUCUAUAAGAGACAAUGAUAUCAAAUUAUCGACAAGCCCGCAAAUGAAGAGUAAUAAUCGAACGCACAAUGAAGCUUCAAGUACUGAAGAUACUACUACUGAUAAAGUAAUGACAGAAGAAGAUCCCGUUGAAAUAAUAAGAAAUACGAAUAACAACAAAAUCGAACUACCGAAUCCAAGUACCGAACUGGAAAAUAACAUCAGAGAAAUCACUUGUAUUGAAAUGGAAAGUGUCAACAUUACAUCCGAUUAUAUCAAUCGAGAUUCCGAAGAAAUAAGAAGGAAUACGAUUGAGAACAAAAUCGACUUACCGAAAAGAGAUACCCAACUGGGAAAUGAUAUCAGAAAAGUUAGUUCUUCUCUAGAUGAGAACAAGCACGAAAAUGAUUGUCAUUCUAUAAGAGACAAUGAUAUCAAAUUAUCGACAAGCCCGCAAAUGAAGAGUAAUAAUCGAACGCACAAUGAAGCUUCAAGUACUGAAGAUACUACUACUGAUAAAGUAAUGACAGAAGAAGAUCCCGUUGAAAUAAUAAGAAAUACGAAUAACAACAAAAUCGAACUACCGAAUCCAAGUACCGAACUGGAAAAUAACAUCAGAGAAAUCACUUGUAUUGAAAUGGAAAGUGUCAACAUUACAUCCGAUUAUAUCAAUCGAGAUUCCGAAGAAAUAAGAAGGAAUACGAUUGAGAACAAAAUCGACUUACCGAAAAGAGAUACCCAACUGGGAAAUGAUAUCAGAAAAGUUAGUUCUUCUCUAGAUGAGAACAAGCACGAAAAUGAUUGUCAUUCUAUAAGAGACAAUGAUAUCAAAUUAUCGACAAGCCCGCAAAUGAAGAGUAAUAAUCGAACGCACAAUGAAGCUUCAAGUACUGAAGAUACUACUACUGAUAAAGUAAUGACAGAAGAAGAUCCCGUUGAAAUAAUAAGAAAUACGAAUAACAACAAAAUCGAACUACCGAAUCCAAGUACCGAACUGGAAAAUAACAUCAGAGAAAUCACUUGUAUUGAAAUGGAAAGUGUCAACAUUACAUCCGAUUAUAUCAAUCGAGAUUCCGAAGAAAUAAGAAGGAAUACGAUUGAGAACAAAAUCGACUUACCGAAAAGAGAUACCCAACUGGGAAAUGAUAUCAGAAAAGUUAGUUCUUCUCUAGAUGAGAACAAGCACGAAAAUGAUUGUCAUUCUAUAAGAGACAAUGAUAUCAAAUUAUCGACAAGCCCGCAAAUGAAGAGUAAUAAUCGAACGCACAAUGAAGCUUCAAGUACUGAAGAUACUACUACUGAUAAAGUAAUGACAGAAGAAGAUCCCGUUGAAAUAAUAAGAAAUACGAAUAACAACAAAAUCGAACUACCGAAUCCAAGUACCGAACUGGAAAAUAACAUCAGAGAAAUCACUUGUAUUGAAAUGGAAAGUGUCAACAUUACAUCCGAUUAUAUCAAUCGAGAUUCCGAAGAAAUAAGAAGGAAUACGAUUGAGAACAAAAUCGACUUACCGAAAAGAGAUACCCAACUGGGAAAUGAUAUCAGAAAAGUUAGUUCUUCUCUAGAUGAGAACAAGCACGAAAAUGAUUGUCAUUCUAUAAGAGACAGUGAUAUCAAAUUAUCGACAAGCCCGCAAAUGAAGAGUAAUAAUCGAACGCACAAUGAAGCUUCAAGUACUGAAGAUACUACUACUGAUAAAGUAAUGACAGAAGAAGAUCCCGUUGAAAUAAUAAGAAAUACGAAUAACAACAAAAUCGAACUACCGAAUCCAAGUACCGAACUGGAAAAUAACAUCAGAGAAAUCACUUGUAUUGAAAUGGAAAGUGUCAACAUUACAUCCGAUUAUAUCAAUCGAGAUUCCGAAGAAAUAAGAAGGAAUACGAUUGAGAACAAAAUCGACUUACCGAAAAGAGAUACCCAACUGGGAAAUGAUAUCAGAAAAGUUAGUUCUUCUCUAGAUGAGAACAAGCACGAAAAUGAUUGUCAUUCUAUAAGAGACAAUGAUAUCAAAUUAUCGACAAGCCCGCAAAUGAAGAGUAAUAAUCGAACGCACAAUGAAGCUUCAAGUACUGAAGAAACAAAAAUUUUAGACCGGACUAUAACGCAAAGCAAAGAAGUUCAUCAACCAAAAGGUAUUACAAUGGAAAGUGACAAUAUUACACCCGAUUAUAUUAAUCUAACGAUUGUAGGAGAGUCCAAAGAAAUAAGAAAUAAUACGAUUGACUUACCGAAACUAGAUACCCAGCUGGAAAAUGGCAUCAGAAAAGUUAGUUCAGGUUCCAACCAAAGUGAAGUAGAAUUUACCAUCGACGCCAAAAAUGAGUCCAUUACCAAAUUAAAUUACAUGAUAGAGGUCAAUGAAAUGGAGCAUAAGUCACAAGCCAGCAUAGGUGAACGAAAUAAAAGAAAAACCUUCAUGGAUAAACUUUCUAUAAAAAGAAGUUUAUCUCUUAUUGAUAUAAAUAAGGAACAAACCCAAAUGAACAAUAUUAUUCAUCAGGACAAGAAAAGAGAAAUUGCCCGAGACUUUAAGCUUCAAAGACGAAACUCAUUUGAUGUGCGCAUGUGUGUAUCUACACAAAAAUAUUCAAAGCUAGAUCAAAUUAUUCAAAAAAGGACUUAUGACGAGGUGUACUCUAGUCACUUAUUUCUUGAAAACCCUUCUAUAAAAUCAUUGCAACAACAAUAUUCUCUUGAUAACGAAAAUGGGGCCAUUAUUAUAUAUAACCGUUUCAAAAAAGAAGAUACGCGUGAAAGCUCAGCCCAAAGUGAAGCCUCACUUGUAUUACGAGAAGUGGCUGAAUAUGAAAAUACAUAUGAAAAUACAGACAUAGGCAUACUAGCACGUCACAAUACAACCGAUGGAGAUUAUUCAAGAUAUACUCUUAAGCCAAUUAGAACCGACACCUCAAAUAAAUACGUUGCAGAGGAGAGUACACAGCCAUGGCGAAUACAUAUACUUCUACUGAAACUGAAUCAACCGUCUCAGCAGCAACAAAAAUUCAAGCUGGAGCUCGGGGAUUUCCUGCAAGGAGAAGAUUCCGCGCAAAUGAUGAUACAAAUUCAUCAACUCAAGAUACAAAGGCAUCGUUUGGCAACGAUGCUAUUAGCGAAUCUCUAG